AUGGCGUCUCAACUUUGGCUAGUCACUGGAGCCUCCUCUGGCUUCGGAUCACUUAUAGCCGAAAAUGCCCUCAAAGCGGGCCAUCGCGUCCUUGCUACAGCACGAAACCCAGCCAAGGCCGCUCAAGAACACCCGCAAGUCGCAUCACUUGGCGGACAGUGGGUUCGGUUAGAUGUAACGAGCAGGGACACAAGCAUGCAAGUAACUCAAGCGAUUCAGAAGAACGGUGGAAAAAUUGAUGUCAUCAUCAACAACGCCGGAUACGGACUACUCGGAAGUAUUGAGGACAUUAGUGAGGAGGAACUUGAUCUUCAAUUCCAGACAAAUAUCUACGGCACAGUUCGCGUGAUUAAAGCCGCCCUCCCCUUCAUGAGAGCCCAGCGCAGCGGCACAAUCGUCAACUUCAGCAGUAUUGCUGGAUUUGCUGCUGGUCCUUCUACUGCAGCCUAUUCUAUGUCCAAGUUUGCCGUUGAAGCACUUUCGGAAUCCUUAUUUGCUGAGCUAAAGCCUUUUAAUAUUCGGGUCUUGCUUGUUGAACCGGGUGCGUUCCGUACGAACUUCAUUGGAUCUCACAAGGUCCCAGCUGCUGGAAUGACCAAGGAUUAUGAGGGAACACCUCUCGGUGCUGCUAUGGGAUUUUUCGAGAGCUUCGCCGGGAAACAGCCUGGAGAUCCCAUGAAAGCGAUACAGCGAAUCUUGGAUGUGAUUCAAUUGCAGGGGAUGGGACAGGGCAAGGAAGAGUUGCUUCGGCUGCCUCUUGGCACUGAUUGUUUUCCACGUAUGCUGACCAAGGUGGAAAAGUUGAAGAGUGAUCUGGAAGAGAUGAGAGAAAUUGCCCUAAGCACCGCUGUCAGUGAAUCUUGA